AGGAAGAGGGACAUAGAGCAGAGAGAGAGAAAAAGAGAGAGUGGGACGAGAGGAGAGCGGCUUCCUGGGUUAAAAUGAUCAGUGUUAGGCUAAUUUUCGCUGUCUCCUUUUUCACCCCCUCUUUGUCCAUUUUGGAAAAAGGGGAGCAGAUGGUUGGGCCUGACAGAGCAGACAGCACAACGCAAGUGCAGGCAAAAUAGCUGCUUUUACAGGAACACUGGGCACUGCAUUCAAGUUCUUCCUUUGUUUCCCAUAAUUAGCAGGUUUUCACAGCAAGAGAGGAAAUCUAUGUCGAGACGAGUAUUCAAGGAAGGCGGAGGCAGAGAGAGAGAGAGAGAGGGAGAGGAAAACAGGACUUCAGGGGAGGGAGGGAUAAGCCCUGUGACAAUGUUUUGAAGGGGAGACAAAGCAAAGAAGCGACUGCACUCAGCUGGAUAGAUUGAGUUAGCUGCAUGGGAGUUCUCUCUCCAUUUGGAAUAGUAACAUUAACAUUGAUGUGUCUUUAACCUGCGAGGGUAUGAUGUUUAUCCCAUAAUAUAAACACGGCUAUGCUCUGGAGAUCCCUUUGUGUAUUUGAAGAGCGGAGCCGUUGCAAUACGGAUAUAUUUGAUUCUGUUGCCUUUCGGACCUUUUCACACUUUUUAGCAUAAUUUUGGAUUUUAAAAAGUAGCUAGCAAUUCCUGAUGAAAUUGUUGCUUGAUUAUUCACAUAAUGACAAAUCAUCACAAAGAAGAGUGUGGAUUUCAACAAUGAGUGAGUUGUUUUUGUCAUGUUUUACUGGAAAACAGAGCCUCGUCCACAGGAGAGCUUCUUGGGGAACUGAGAAUGUUUAUCACAAUGGGAUUGAUUCAUAGCCUACAAAUAAAAGUAAUUUUCUUUGGGGACACAGAAGAGGUUGGACUCACAUCAUUGUCUGGAAGACAGUGACUUUUUUGGGGGACAACCUCCUCGAUCUGUCGGCACCCCAACAAAGACCCAGGACUGGUUGUGACCCCAGACACAGUGACUCUAGAGGCUGUGAGUAACUUCAGACGUUUUUGACCCCCAUCCACUGAUUCCCUGGGUCCCUCUGGCUUUCUUGAGGCUGAUUUCACCCAGUCCAGUGGUCACGGAUGUCUGUGCGGUUUAGGGUCGCAGAGCUCAGACCCAUACUGCAAGAUGACAUCGGAAGACAUCUACCACCUGCCCCUCAACAUGUACGUCAUCAUUCUGGGCAUCGGCCUCUUCAUCUUCAUGCUCAGCCUGAUCUUCUGCUGCUACAUGUUCAGGUUAAGGCGACAAGGCACAAGGGAGCAAUAUGGAUAUAAUGAGGUUGUUUUGAAAGGAGCAGGAAAGAAACUGAGUCUUCUUGGACAGACCUGUGCCGUGUGCUUAGAAGAGUUCAAAAGCAGAGACGAGCUUGGAGUGUGUCCCUGCUCACAUGCCUUCCACAAGAAGUGUCUGUUAAAAUGGCUGGAGAUCCGCAGUGUCUGCCCCAUGUGUAACAAACCCAUCUGCCGUUUGCAGCCAGACCCCCCACAGGGUGCAGACAGGCCCCAGAGCCCAAUGGAGGUGUGAGAUGAGCGAGGGCCCACAUUACAGCACCUCAACGCCCCUAAUUACAGUUCCAACCUGCCUCAUCCCACUCCACCACUCUACUCUAGUUUUGAAGGUGUUAGACCCCUAAAGGUGUGUGUGAGAUGAGACAUUGAAGUGGAAAUCAUAGAACAACAUUGGAGAACAAACUGAAUGUUUGUUUUUUUAGUCUAAAAGGCAGGAGAUGGGUGAAGAGACCCUGUCCCAUGACCACCGGCCAACCCCUACAGGAGAAACAGUGGGUACUGAAAAAGAGUUGGGAUGCUGUGCAUUGGGCCCUACUUUCCCAAAUCAUAGUCGAUAACCCGCCAUCCCAUGUUGCCAAGUAAACAUAGGGUGUCCUGAUUGGUCUAUGAGUAACAUGGGUCCUGGAUGGAGGGAACACGCACAUACCAUGCCCACAGCUACCAUCAUGGGCCUAUGAGGUAUUCAGCUAUGACAUAGGGUGCAGUGACCCUGUCACUAAAUAACACGUCGGGGUCAUUCUUGACUUGCAUUGCCAUUUGGGCAUGGUAUUUUGGAAGAAAUUAACUUCAUUUUUGUUUGUUUUUAUUUAAAUGUACAGUAUAUGGGUACACCUUACUAUUCGAAAUAAACUUUUAUGGCAGCUUAAUGACUUUAAAUAUCAAGGAUGGUAAUGACACAUUUUAGGUAAUUGAGUAUUUUCUUAAAAUGGAGAGUGCAGAUGCUCAAAUGUACUUAACCCUAAAGGGAUAUAAUUCAUCUUUUAAUCACAAUGUAAUUUCCCUUACAUUUUUAAAUUGAGUAAUACCAAUUACAAUUUUUAUUUAGACACCAAGUCAUCAAUGGAAUCCUCACAAUGAUGACAUGUUAAAAGGGUGUGAUUAGCUAAGAGCUUUCUUUAAUAUAGACCCCUCCCCUGAUAACAGUUUGCAGCUUGAGGGGAUGCUCAAGGUCCGUGUAUAUUUUUUGUGUAAUGAUUAAUUUCAGAAACCCCUAACUAAAAUCUGGCGUAAUUGCAUCAGAUGCCCGAUUAGCUUCUGGGUUUAAGAUGUAUGAGAAAAGACACUUUAAACAAUGCAUUAAAUAUACAGUUUUGCAGUAGAAAUGGAUUUAUCUAUAUUUUAUCAAUGAUAAAAAGUACAAUAUAAACAAAAACAUGUAUGAUGUGUAACUAUUUGUUAUUUUAUAGUGUUUUUCAUUGUUGUAAAGCCGGGGGAUGCAAAUGCCAUUGCAAUUCAAGAAUGACCCAUCCAAUUAAAUAUAUAGUCUAAAUUAUUUCUAAGGAAUUGUUUUGUAUUAUAACUGGCUUUCAAUAAAGUGUAUUGUUUCAGUGA